AUGAUGAACGGUUAUUACAAUCCCAUUGACAAAGGAUUAAAUGAAGCACGUAGAAUAGUCAGUCAAAUGGGUGCUGAGGAUUUAAAACGAUUAAUGAGUAAUGAGGAUGAAGUCACAAAACUUGUACGAAAUUUACCUGAAAUUCAACAAAUGGAAACUAUUAAAGAAAGUUUAAAAGAAAGUAUUAAACUUUUAGCAAUGCGUAAUCUUGAACAAGAACCAAUGCUUAUUCAUGAAAAACAAAAACUUGCUCAACUACAUGAUGAACUUCGUCAAGUAAAAGAAAAGUAUGACAGUAUACGAGGAGAAUAUGACGAGCAAACUGGUGACACAAGUCCAGACAUGAUUUAUGCAUUAUUAAAAACAGCUGCAUCCGACCUCGAUCAAUCAACAGAAGAAACUGCUGAAUACUUUUUUAAUGUUAAAAGAACAGAAGAUGAAGUCACAGAAUUUGAACGUCGUUUUAUUGAAGACCGAAAACGAGCACAUGAACUAAAAGUAAAAGCUGACAAAUUUAAUGAAUUAAUGCAAAUGUCCCAAGCAACAAGCUAUUUGAAUUCUAAUCAACACAUGCGUACUGGUGGUUAUCAGUAA